AAGACGUUAAGAAUUUAUCCUCACACUUCAUAAUAUUCGGUUCCAUACUCAAUUUAUCAAUUUAUUGUAAGUGUUUGGAGGUUGUUUUGUUCGUUUGUAUAAAAAUGAUAACAUUGUGGGUAAAUUUAUUUAUCGAAUACGACGGAAAUAACACUCGUGCGCACAUUGUCUCAUAGUAUGAUACUUUCAUGCAUACAAUGCAUGUCAUACAAUAUAUCGAUCAAACAUUCAAGUCAAAUAAUGUCUGAAUGCAAUGAAUUUAUAGCUCCACAUUUUAGUCAAGUGUCGAUUUCCCGCGAGUUUUGCUUUCUUUGUUAAAUGAAGGAAUCAAAUAAAAAAAGUGUUUCAAAUUAAUUACAUUUCUAGAAGAAAAUUUGCAAUGGAUGACAGAACUGUUGAUUUGAUUUUUGCCGGCUCCCUAGAGUCUUUGCCACCAGUUAGUUCUAAAAUUGUUCGAAUUUUCACAAGUUCAACUUUUACAGAUACAACGAUGGAACGUAAUACAUUGAUGGCGAAAUGUUAUCCGCGAAUUAAGGACUAUUGCCGAGAGAAACAUGGUCUAGAGUUUCAGGUGGUCGAUAUGAGAUGGGGGGUUCGUGAUGAGAGUACAGAUGAUCAUAUGACUACGGAACUUUGCAUGAAGGAAAUAGAGAACUGUCAACGACUGUCGAUGGGCCCAAAUUUCGUUGUUUUUCUUGGACAAAAAUAUGGUUAUCGUCCAAUACCCACAUACAUUCUUUCUUCUGAGCUUCAGCUUCUACGUGAUGAACUAACCGCUUUGAAUGUUGACGGGAGUUUGCUUGAUAUGUGGUAUAAAAAAGAUAGUAACGCAGUCCCGCCAAUAUCAGUGCUCCAGCCAAUAUCAUCAAUACUUGUGAAUUUCAAUAACAAGAGAGUACCGAAAUUACAAGCUGAAGAUCAAGCUAUUUGGUGGGAUACAUUGGGCAAAAUGCAAAAAAUACUCAGAAAAUCUGCAGCGUCCUUGAGUUCAGCUGGAAAAAUUGACAAAGACCAAAUGCACAACUAUUUCAUGUCAGUAACGGAGAGGGAAGUUAUCAAUGGAAUUUUAAAUGUGAAAAAUACAAAGAACCAUUGCCUGGCCUAUGUUCGAUAUAUCAACAACAUAAAUUUACAAAAUUUGAAAAAAGCAUCACUUUUCGUUGAUAUUAUUAAUCGUAGCUUGGACACCGAAGCAUCGAAAUUGCUUGCAAAUCUGCGAGAUGAACGUUUGCCCAAUAAAAUUGAGACGACCAAUAUCCAAAAGUAUACUGUGGAAUGGAUUGGAAGAGAAGGCGUUGACACCGAAACACAUGAAGAAUAUUUGAACAACUUCAUCGCACAUUUCUAUAAAAACAUUAUUAAACUGGUAGACCGUGCAAUGCGCAAAGAAGAUUCAAGCGCUCAAGGACAAAUUGUGACAGAAAUUCUGCAACACUUACAUGCUUGUAACAAUUCAGUGAAAGUUUUUUAUGGACGAGAAGAGUCUUUAAAGCGUAUAGAAAACUACAUGCUUAAUUAUUCAGAAAAACCGUUAGUUCUCUAUGGUGAGGGAGGCUGUGGUAAAACUUCAUUAUUGGCAAAAAGUGCUUCAUUGGCGUUAACAAACUGGUUCAAAGAUUAUAAACCAAUCAAUAUAGUCCGUUUUUUGGGAACUACGCCCGAUUCAAGUGCACUGACUCCAACAUUGAUUUCGAUUUGUCAACAGAUUUCGUAUAAUUUUAUGCUUCCAUUUGAGAAUAUACCGGAUGAUUUGGUUCCAUUGACUGCUCACUUCAAGCAUUUGCUUACUUACGCUUCUUCAAUGCAACCACUUUUCUUUUUCCUUGAUUCAAUUGACCAACUUACUGGAACGGCUGAUAAGGUAUCGUGGCUGCCAACUCGAAUGCCCCCGAAUUGCAAGAUAAUAUUAUCAUGCGCAAAUGAAGAAGCCAAUCCAACUGUGUCCAGAGAGUAUCAUUUGUUGAGGAGAUUGAUUGAUAUAGACGAGAAUUUCAUUGAAGUACGAGAGCUGGGUGAAGAUCUAGCUAUGAACGUUAUUAAGAGAUGGAUGAAUACAGCCUGUCGAGAUUUAAACAAUUUUCAAUGGCGCUUAGUUGCCAAUGCAAUCGCUAAAUGUUCUCUACCCAUAUUUGUGAAAUUGG